GCUGAAGAGGAGGAGGCAGAGUGUGAACACGCUCUCUCAGAUGCUGCAGGGCCAUACGAAGGAACACACACCGGCACCAUCAGCGUCAGGGUCUGCCCGCGGCAGGCAGGACCUCCAGCACUGCAGCCUCCCAGCUCCCCAGCCCCAACCCAGGACCUCCAGCACUGCAACCCCCAAGCCCCAGCCCCAACCCAGGACCUCGCCAGGCCUCUACCACCUUCAUCUCCACAAGACAGCCGUCUCAACCAGGCUGAAAUAUGGCACAAGCCGCCAAACAUCUCGUGAAGAACAAGGAAUUAAAAAUCCAGCUCGAGGCGGAGCGCCUGCAGAAGGAGGAGGAGAAGGCCAAGAAGAGGAACCGAUCGCGGGAUAAAAAGCGCAAGGCUGAUGCUGUCAGUAGUUUUCUGCGGGCGGCUCGUUCUGGUAACAUGGACAAGGCCAUUGACCACAUAAAGAAUGGCAUAGACAUCAACACAGCCAAUCAGAACGGGCUGAACGGGUUGCAUCUGGCCUCUAAAGAAGGCCACGUUAAAAUGGUGCUGGAGUUACUACAUGGAGGCAUCGAUGUGGAAACCCAGACUAAGAAAGGCAACACAGCUCUGCACAUUGCUGCCCUGGCUGGGCAGGAGCAAGUGGUGGCAGAGCUGGUAAAUUACGGGGCCAACAUCAAUGCCCAGUCCCAGGUGAGACCCCAGCCAGUGUCGGAUGAGACCCCGACCCCCCUGGCAGAGCCCCCCGCAGAGGAGCCACCAGCCACAACGGAUAACCAUACAAAGGGCUUCACUCCGCUCUACAUGGCCUCACAAGAGAAUCAUCUAGAAGUUGUGAAGUUCCUUUUGGAGAACGGGGCCAAUCAAAGCCUUCCAACUGAGGAUGGCUUCACCCCUCUCGCCGUGGCUCUUCAGCAGGGACAUGAGAAUGUCGUGGCCCUGCUCAUCAACUAUGGCACCAAGGGAAAAGUCCGUCUCCCCGCGCUGCACAUAGCAGCGCGGAAUGAUGACACACGCACAGCUGCCGUGCUUCUACAGAACGAUCCUAACGCAGACGUCCUGAGCAAGACAGGCUUCACACCGCUCCAUAUCGCCGCACACUACGAGAACCUGAACGUAGCCCAAUUGUUGCUCAACAGAGGAGCCAAUGUCAAUUUCACCCCUAAGAAUGGCAUCACACCUUUGCACAUCGCAUCCAGGCGGGGGAACGUGAUCAUGGUACGACUCCUGCUGGACCGAGGGGCACAGAUUGAUGCCAAGACCAAGGAUGAGUUGACUCCACUGCACUGUGCAGCCAGGAACGGACACGUGAGGAUCAUUGAGAUCCUACUGGACCAAGGGGCUCCCAUCCAGGCCAAGACCAAGAACGGCCUGUCUCCCAUCCACAUGUCAGCACAGGGGGACCACAUGGACUGUGUGAGACAACUCCUGCAAUACAACGCUGAGAUUGAUGACAUCACAUUGGACCACCUGACCCCCCUGCACGUGGCAGCCCACUGUGGGCACCACCGCAUGGCCAAAGUGCUGCUGGACAAGGGAGCAAAACCCAACUCCCGUGCACUGAAUGGUUUCACUCCGCUUCACAUUGCCUGUAAGAAGAACCACAUGCGUGUGAUGGACCACCUGCUCAAACACUCAGCGUCCCUAGAGGCUGUGACAGAGUCUGGCCUGACUCCUCUACACGUGGCCUCGUUCAUGGGCCACCGCAAAAUAGUCACCCAUCUGGUACAGAAGGGGGCUUCUCCUAGUGCUUCCAAUGUAAAAGUGGAGACUCCUCUCCACAUGGCAUGUAGAGCUGGACACUAUGAGGUGGCAGAGUUCUUACUGACCAAUGCAGCACCAGUAGACGCCAAGGCAAAGGAUGACCAGACACCACUCCACUGUGCGUGUCGGAUGGGCCACAAGGAGCUGGUCACUCUGCUGCUGGAACACAAGGCCAACCCCAACUCCACCACCACAGCCGGACACACACCCCUCCACAUCGCUGCCCGUGAGGGACACACUCAGACUACACGCAUCCUUCUGGACAUGGAGGCCCAGCAGACCAAAAUGACCAAGAAAGGCUUCACUCCUCUCCAUGUGGCUUCUAAAUAUGGCAAAGUGGAUGUGGCAGAGCUGCUGCUGGAGAGAGGGGCCAACCCUAACGCUUCUGGCAAGAAUGGACUGACUUCUCUCCAUGUGGCUGUCCAUCACAACAACCUGGACGUGGUUAAUCUGCUGGUCAGCAAGGGAGGCUCCCCACACAGUGCAGCUAGGAAUGGCUACACCCCUCUCCACAUAGCUUCCAAGCAGAACCAGGUGGAGGUUGCCAACAGCCUGCUGCAGUACGGCGCUUCGGCCAAUGCUGAAUCCCUCCAGGGGGUCACGCCCCUUCACCUGGCAGCUCAGGAGGGCCGGCCUGACAUGGUGGCCCUGCUCAUCUCCAAACAGGCCAACGUCAACCUGGGGAACAAGAGUGGACUGACUCCUCUCCACCUGGUGGCACAGGAAGGCCACGUGGGCAUCGCUGACAUCCUGGUGAAGCAAGGGGCAUCAGUGUAUGCUGCCACACGGAUGGGAUACACCCCUCUCCAUGUUGCCUGCCACUAUGGCAAUGUAAAGAUGGUGAAGUUCCUCCUGCAGCAGCAGUCCAACGUCAACAGCAAGACCAAGGUUGGUUACACUGCACUGCACCAGGCAGCCCAACAGGGCCACACAGAUAUCGUCACCUUAUUGCUCAAACAUGGAGCCCCGCCCAACGAGGUCACUACUAACGGUACGUCAGCCCUGUCCAUCGCCAAGCGGUUGGGGUACAUCUCCGUAAUCGACGUUCUCAAACUGGUCACAGAGGAGACGGUUUCCAUUACCACCACAGAGAAACAUCGUAUGAGUUUCCCAGAAACAGUGGAUGAGAUAUUGGACGUAUCAGAGGAUGAAGGAAUUGCACAGCUAACAAUGGGGGAGGAGCUGUUGGGGACAGAAGGAGCCAGGUACAUGAAGAUGGAUGACUUGAAGGACCAUGAUGACGAUUUCCUGUCACCCAAGAAAUCUAUGGACAACUACUCGCCUGCCAUUCCCAGGAUCCCUUGUGUAUCCCCAGAGAUGGUCCACCUAAAGGAGCAUGAGAUGGAGCAGGUACACACUCCAAUGCCAUUACAUAGGGAGUAUGAUGACGACUCCCUGAUCCCCAGCAGUCCAGCUACAGAGACUUCUGACAACGUCAGUCCUGUGGCCAGCCCCAUACACACAGGGUUCCUAGUGAGUUUCAUGGUGGAUGCUCGGGGUGGCUCGAUGCGAGGCAGCAGACACAACGGUCUGCGUGUCAUCAUCCCUCCACGGACCUGUGCCGCCCCCACACGUAUAACCUGCCGUCUGGUCAAGCCCCAGAAGCUCCCCACCCCUCCCCCCCUGGUGGAGGGAGAGGGCCUGGCCAGCCGUAUCAUCUCUCUGGGCCCAGCCAGCAUGCAGUUCCUAGGGCCUGUGAUCGUGGAGAUCCCACACUUUGCAGCCCUGGGUCGAGGGGACCGGGAGCUGGUGGUUCUGAGGAGUGAGAAUGGCUCUGUUUGGAAGGAACACCGCAAUCGCUACGGGGACGAUGUGCUGGAGACUAUCCUCAAUGGGAUGGAUGAAGAUCUGGAGAGCCAAGAGGAGCUUGGGAAGAAGCGUAUCCGACGAAUCAUCUCCACUGACUUCCCCCUCUACUUUGCUGUGGUGUCGCGUGUCCAGCAGGAGAGUGACCUGAUUGGCCCAGAGGGGGGUCAACUGACCAGUAAGCUGGUGCCGAUGGUCCAGGCUACGUUCCCUGAGACAGCGGUCACCAAGCGAGUCCGUCUGGGCCUGCAGGCCCAACCAGUCCCAGACGAGCUGGUUGCCAAGCUGCUGGGUAACCAGGCAACCUUCAGCCCCGUGGUGACUGUGGAGCCACGGCGACGCAAGUUCCACCGGCCCAUCGGCCUGUGCAUCCCCCUGCCCCCCUCCUGGAGAGAGAGCCCCCGGGACUCUGGGGAGGGGGACACCACCAGCCUGCGCCUGCUGUGCAGUGUCAUCGGUGGAACAGCCCCAGCCCAGUGGGAGGACAUCACUGGUACCACCAAGCUCAUAUAUAGUAAAGACUGUGCCAACUUCACAACCAAUGUGUCGGCACGGUUCUGGCUGGCUGACUGUCCUAGGACAGCCGAGGCUGUGUCUUUCUCCAACCUCCUGUAUCGAGAGCUCUCAGCUGUGCCCUACAUGGCCAAGUUUGUGGUGUUUGCCAAGAUGAACGAGGUCCGUGAGGGCCGCCUGCGCUGCUACUGCAUGACUGAUGACAAGAUGGACAAAACCCUGGAGCAACACGAGAACUUCAGUGAGGUGGCCCGCAGUCGUGAUAUCGAGGUGAUGGAGGGAAUGCCACUGCACCUGGAGUGUUCUGGGAACCUGGUUCCAGUGAGGAAGGCUACCCAGCAGCCUCGCUGUUUCAGCUUCCAGGCCUUCAAAGACAACAGACUCCCCGUCUCAGUCAAGGUGAGAGACAGUAGCAAGGAUCACUCUGGAUUCCUGUCCUUCCUACGCAAGUCUACCAAGUAUGAAGACAGCCAACAUGUGCUGUGCAACCUCAAUAUUACCAUGCCCCCGUGUAUCAAGGCUGCUGGUAGUGAGGACCGGAGGCGAACUCUGACCCCAUUAGCCCUGCGAGAGAGAUACAGCGCCAUGAAUGAGCCUGCCAUGGGUAAAGCAUCAAUGAGUGCCAUGGAAAGGACAGAGUUGAAGAUGGCUUUGAUAGCUGAACAGUUGGGACUGAGCUGGGCUGAGCUGGCGAGGGAGCUACAGUUCAGUGUAGAUGACAUUAAUAAGAUCCGUGUGGAGAAUCCUAACUCCCUAUUGGAGCAGAGUUCUGCCCUGCUCAACCUAUGGGCCACCCGUGAGGGCAAGAGAGCCAAGAUGGAUAGUUUGUAUACAGCUCUGAAGAGCAUUGACCGGAUGGACAUAGUGAACAUGUUGGAGGGCCAGGGGCCACAGCCUGCAGGGAGGCAGGCUCGGGAGUCAAGCAGACGCAGACACAACGAGACUGACCACGUCUCCCCCAGCCUGAGCAAUGGUUACGGGCUGAUGCAGGAGGAGCUGCUCUCCCCUCCCUCCAUGCAGUACAGCCUGCCCUCCCCGCUGGGCAACGAGCCCUACUGGCAGGAAGUCUCCAGUCUGGAGUGUGCUCCAAUGGCCACCACUGAGGAGGACACGCUCAUGGAGAUGUCCGAUGUGCAGGUGUGGCCCUCUGGCAACAGCCCCUCCCUAGUGGCCGUGGAGGACUCCUCGCUGGAGUGCAGCAAUGCCGACGACUCGGAGGGGCUGCUGGGGCUGCCGUAUGGGAGCCUGGGCCGGCCGGGCAGUGGGGCCAGUGGUGGGGGGCUGAGUGGAUCUAUGGAGCUGGUGGAGGACAACUCAGAGAUGGGGGCUGUUGACUCAUUCAGCACCGCCACACAUGCCACCCCUGCCUCGUUCAGCACCGCCACCCCUGCCACCCCUGCCUCGUUCAGCACCGCCACACCUGCCACCCCUGCCACCCCUGCCUCGUUCAGCACCGCCACCCCUGCCACACCUUCUUCGUUCGGAGGCACCAUCGCCGCCGCGGUCAACAACAUUAAUGGGCUGGACAAAGGUCAAGUGUCAAAUGUCGUGAGGUCGGAGGCAGCAGCGUUCGGAGGCAACAUGACGGGUGGAGAUGGAGCUGGAGGAAGAGGAGGAGGAGGGACAGGCUCAGAGGAAGGGCUUUCUCUUGUUGCAGGACAACAGCAGCGGGUGUACGCCCGGCUGAGCGAGUCGCCCGGUCUGAGCCGCGUGGCAGAUCGUAAUGGAGACAGGUCCAGUGGUGGCAGUGGUGGUAGUGGAGGCAGCGGUGGAGGUGGUGGAGGCUCUUUCCUAUCCUACCUGCAGGAGCAGUCGGGUCCAGGCUGGCAACCUGUCACAGACCACACUCAGGCCUGGGUGGGCUCGCAGACAGCCAAACCCAGGCAGGCCAUGGACUCGAUGAUGUCAUCAGUACGCGCCGCCAUGGACAUGGACCCCAGCCAGUCCCGCGUGUCCCAAGAGGCCUUGCUUCAGCCAGUGCGUGACAUGGGGCACACGGAGAUCCUGCGUGGGCACUUCAGAGGCACCCAGCCAUUUGAGAAGGGCCUGGGGUUCCCUCACAGGGUGCCAGAGCUGCGGACCUGGGACGAAGUACGCCUGAGGGGGCAGGGUGACGAGGCCAAGGAUCUCCCAGGGGAACAAGUGAGCGAGGAGCAGUUCACAGACGAGCACGGAAACAUUGUCACCAAGAAGAUUGUGAGGAAAGUGGUGCGCAGGGGGAAGGGCUCAGGUGAUGAGGGGUGUCAGGAGCGUUCAGUGGGCAUGGAUGGCUCUCUGCAGGAUGAGCUGGAGGCUGAAGCGGAGCAGUUCAUGAACUACGCUGUCCUGAGCAGCAAGCCGGAUAUUGUGGAUGUGAAGAAGGGUGCUCAGAUAGUGAAAUGUGCCAGUCUGCGGAGAGUAAAGCAGUGAGGCAUGCAGACAGAGUGGCAGAGUGACACGUCCCCGCAGGAGUUGAACCCCACACCAAAACAACCCUACUUAGACACAUGACCGGCAGCAGGAGACAGGGGGAAGAGUGCACAUGAAGAGGAGUGUAAUAAUGGAGAUAAAAGAAGAGAGAUCUGAAUGACAAAACACCAACUUCAUAAUAACGACAACCACAACGGCUACGCCGAUGAUCAGCACGCACCGGAGAAGGAAAUGGAUUUACUUGUAGUUUUCGUACUUUUUUUUUUUUUAAAGAAACAAUCAAAAAAACAUUAACUACUAGGCUAGAAGCAUGAUUUCGUAUAAAACAAAAACCAAACAGAGACAACAAAAAAACUAGCAACCAAAAUGUGCUUCCUGUUAUAUGUAUCAGCAUGAAUGACUGCUGGCGCAUGGCCUGUCUUUAACUACAGUACUAGGGGUUAUGGGAGGGGGGGGGGGGGGGGGGGGGGGGGGGGGGGGGACCACUCCCAUGUGGGAUGGGAGGUCAUGAUGAGGUGUAGGGAAAGGUGAAUAUGUCAUACAUCCCUUUCCUGAAGAAAAAGGGCAGUGUUUGUUUGUGAAACUUCUGAAAAGGGAGUCUGUUAAAUACUCUGAAUUAUCUCUAGGCAAAGGUUUGCUCCCCUCUCCCUGUCACACUAAUCAAACUCUUCUAGCAAACAAACAAACAUCACCACAGGCUAGUUUCAGCCUUAUGUCCCACUGUCCCACUCCAGUAGCCUACACUUAGGAUUUUGGUGUUGUACAUACUAUAUGCACUUAAAUGAUACGUGACUGAGUGUUACGUGUGUUUUAUGUCACAAAAACCUUAUGCGAUGCUGAUGAUGAUGCUGCUGUUUCAGAUCUGCCCUGGUUUUCUUGUUUGGUUAACUCUAUGUGCAUAUUCUAUAUAUCUUGAUCUGUGUGGACAUAAGAACAAACAAAACAAUCUUUGUGUCAUUCUGCCUGUUAUCUGUCAGUUUUUGUUUGUCUGGUUAUUUGUUAAUUUGUGAUUUUCAUGUGCUCCCUCCCUUUGCUCCCUUCAUCUCACCUACAGGGCAUUAUUGGCUUCAGAAACAUUUCAUAGUUCUUUGUGUUUUAGGAAGAGGAGUUUCUGUGUUGACUUGCAUCCCCAACCCCAUAACCAACCUCCCCCAGAGUGGUUUGUGUGUUUCCAAGGUGAAAGUUAUUGGAGUAAAUGCUGGUGCGAUUAUUAGGACUUUGAAUAGGCCUUUCCCCUACCCUACAGUAUGUGUACAGCUAUAGUCUAGUUUGUCUGGUGGAUCCUGUCACCACCAUCUCCUGUAUGAAGCCCACUUCAGGCAUCUAUACACCCCAUCCUCCCUACACUCCCCCGUCCCUCUCAAUGUGGAUGUAGCAGUCCUGUCCUGUCCCUAUCGAUGUGGAUGUAGUAGUCCUGUCCUCUACCAGCAGGGGUCAGGGUUUCCUAAUAAUUAAUGUAGCAUCUCCCCUCUGUUGUGUCUGUCCAACAGCGACAGUGUUUCUGUCUGAUAUCACAGGAUAUAUCCAAGAAAGAGUUUACAGAUCAUCUCAGCACAUACCCGUCAUUCGAUAAGGGUAAAUAAGUAACUUGGCCACCAUAGGCAAUAAUGUAGCUUUGGUUAAGCUGGUUACAGGUGAGAGUCAGCCAGAGAGAGGAACGUAGCUACUGAGAUUUGUAAGUGUUGGGAUUGUAAGUGUUGUUUGUAUUGUUGGCAACUCUCAGAAGUGUAGCGAAGACAGCCAGCCACCAAUCACUGUGAUAAAAAACUGUAAUAUUGACCCCACAACUGUGAGCCCACACAAACCCACCCCAAACCUUGCUCCUGUCCUCUCACCCCUCUCUUCAUGUCUGUACAACCCUACCCUGUUUCCCAUCAGAAAUGUAUUGUUGGAUGUUUGUUUAAAGGAAAGCAAUAACUCUGGUUGAAGGAGUAGGUCUUUGUGUGUGUGUGUGUGUGUGUGUGUGUGUGUACUAUGAUCCCCUUGAUCACUCACUACUUUGACUUUAGAUGUACUGUCUGAUCAGGAGAUAUGCCAGAACCCGAGUAACCCACUUGCUAUCCACUUGACCUGCAUGGAACAGAAAGAGUUUUGGUUGUGUAAAGUAGACCAAGGAGACAUGUUAGUGGACUGAGUAACUGGUUAUGGGUUGUUGGAGAGUUCUCUUAAUCCAAAUGUUUUUCUCCCAGUCCCAACAGUGUUUAUUUUUUUGUGUGUGAUUGUGUGUGUUUGAAGGUUGGGGGGGCAAGGAAUCUAACUUCAUACCAGCCAUUCCCUGAGUUUUAUGCAAGCUGUCAAAUGUCUCAUUUUCAAACUCAUCAAGGGAAUGUAGCAACACUGAAAAACAGCUAAAAGUGUCCACUCAUUGUUGAUUUAAGCCUUAAUGACAUUCAUAUUUUACUUUAAGGAAACAUUUGAAUGUUGUGUGCGUGAGUGCAUGUGAUGGGUCCUCUGAUUGUAAGUACAAUUGAGACUGACACAGUACAACAGCAUUUAGUUUCGACAAAUGACAGUGCAGGGUUGAAGGAGGUAAAUCGGCAUGGGUGUGAAAGUGAUAUGACACUACUGGUGGACAUAACAGAGGCUCUCCAGUCUCUAACCUAAUUCAUACAAAACAUGGUCACAGUAAUGUUACCUCAGUACAUUAUACCAUCCUACAUCAUAUUAGAUGUAUAGAUCAUCUUGGCACUGUACCGUAACUGAUCUAAUACAUUACAUUUCUCACAUCGAAGGAAAAUGUGUCACAAACACUCCAGCGAGUAUAUGAAUCAACACUCUGCAAUAAUAAUACCUAUACAUGUAAAUUAAUCUCCAGUCCAGGUCCAUGCUUUAUCCGCCUCUGUAGCCACAGAUAAUGAAUGUAAGGUGUUGCUCUGUAGAUGUUAGUUGAGUAGGAAGGCUAGAUGUCAGGCUGUUUGAGUCUAUCUACAGAACUCAGGAUCUGUUGUUUAUCAAAGAAACUGUAUAAAACUGAACACUCUUAUAUAUGCAUACAUAUUCAUAAGUCAAUACCCAUCCAUGCAUGAUCAGAACAAGAGAAUGAGCAAGAGAAAGAGAACAGAUCUUCAGCUCAGGAUUUUGUAUCGAGACAUUUUAUCAUCUAUCCCUCCCUCUGCGGGGGGGGGGGGGGGGUGACAGGGACAGCAGACUGGGCUAUGUGGAUCUAUGGGAGAAGAGCGUUAGACAACUCUCUGAGAAUACAUAGGGACUUUAUUUGCUAGGUUUUUUUUUAGAUGGCAAGCAUUUUUCCUCAACACCGCCCACCCCCAUUCCAUCCCUGCUCCCUAAAACCAAAAAGAGAUUGAGCCAGUUCUAAGGCUUCCUUCCACACAGUGACAGGUUGAGCGGAGGAGUCAAUGAGAGGGAGGAGUGGAUAGGACUUUAGACUUAUUCAAAGUUAUAGUGAAAAUAUCAUGAACUGAAGGACUAUGGAGGUGACGACAUAAACCAAGUUCAUGCAAAAAAAUAUUAACUGUUGCAAAAACUAGAGAACACAUAUACUCCUUUAGAAUGUAUUGAAGACAUUAUUAACGCAAUAGCAUAUUACUCAAUACUUAGGAAUGCAACUGCGCACAUGCACAGAAAAUGUUUUUAAUAUAAAUGAAUAUAUAUAUAAUAUAUGAAAAUAUAUAUUUACUUAGAAUGCUAUGCACCCUUGUCAACAGGAUUAUAGUAAUGUUAUGGAUGUACUUUUGGCAUCAUAGCUACCAAGAGACUUGAGUUAUGGGUAAUGCCUGAAACCUGGGAAAAAUAGGGGUCUUGUGGGUAUUUUAACUUGUUUUGUUUGCUUUUUUUAUUGUUAUGAAGAGGUCAAAUAUGGAAAACGUAUAUAAAUGUACAAUCCUUUUAAUCAAAUGGAAUCCGAUGAUAUCUAUAGAUAAUCUACCCUGUACACCAGCUCAAAUCAUUUACUAAAUUAAUAAAGAAAUGAAAUGUC